UUUUUUUAUUGUAAAAAAUGAAAAAAAGAAGGACGCAAAAUGAAGAGUAAGUACAGAGAAGACACCCCCGAUCCCCAUCAAGCUGCUCCUCCUCCGACGAAGAAACCCACUCUACCAGUGAGUUGGCGGCGCCACCACCGUCGGAGAAGUGAUGGGAGUUCGAGGAGUGAGAAGGAGAGGAAAAGAGAAAAAGAAGAGGAGAGAAGGAGAAAAGACAAAGAUAGAGAGAGGAAGAGAAGAAAUUAGAAGCCCGAAUCACCAGCAUCCGGUUCCGAGGAGAGGGAGAUUGAGAGAGUUCGGAUUAGCCCAGGAGAUGUUGAGUGCAUUUCAUAAUGUUGGCGGUGACAUGAAACAGCUUCUCCAAAUAAUUGAUGAUGGACAAGUUGUUGACAUAAAAGGGAUAUCUGAAAGGUCCUUGAUCAAGCAUUUGAAUAAACUUUUUAUUUCGCUAAAUCUCAAGGAAAAUGGGGAUAGGGUUUUUUUGCUGCCUCCAAAUGUUCGUCCUAAUUUGGAUGUUGUUGGACCCCUGAUUCAGCUUAUUCCCUCUAGUCUUGUUUUGCAGAGGGAGGCUCUUAAGAGGCCUAGGGGUUGCAAGCUAGUAUUAUGGGUGAUUGGCUUUGAAAUGCCAUCUGCUGAGUUACUUGCUGCAACAGCAAAACUAACAGAAGCACAAGCUGAGCUUAGGUUUUUCACGAAAUGUUUUUCUUUAUUGGAGGAAGAUACUGAGCUACUUAUAGGACCUGCCCCACCUGCUAUUGUUGCCGAAGCUGUAUCAGCAAAUGAAGCAGAGCGAUUUGAAGAGUCUUCAUUUGCAGCUGUCUUUCUCAUGGCACAAGCAUGGAAAAGAAUCUAUCCUAGUGCUUGCAUAAUUGGUAAUGUGUCCAGAGCUGGAAGUUGCAUUUAA